AGGGAGACAUGAAGAUUAAAUUAACCGGGAUGGUCAGAAUGAUAAAACGAAGCGCCCUUCCGGAUUCUCGCUUCUUAUUCCGCCCCCUCCACUCCCGUCGCUGCUAUUUGCACGUUGCUAGGAUACACCGCUAACACUACGGGAGCGCACCGAGGACAUCCCGCCGCCCGCAUCUCUUUCUGCCGCGAAAUCUCUUCGAAAUUAAAGUUCAUUCUGCCACGAAAUGAGCACCCAGCGUCCUGAUUCUGCUUUUAAGCUGAUUGAUGUCAAUAAAAACGAUUCGCUUCGCGCUGGCCACUCAGUUUCGUCCAACAGGCUGCUGGUGCUGGAGCUUCAAGAGCAGCUUAGUGUUUUGAGGCGACAGUUGGAGGACAAAGAUGAACUUCUUGCAGCCUUGACUGUUGGCAGAAAUGCAAGCAGAGGAGAAUAUCAAAGGGGAAGCCAUGACUCUUUUCAGGAUGCUCCAGUCACCAGGGAGCAGCUCAAUUAUUAUCGGUUGGCAGCAGAGACUGCAAACAGUGAGUUAGCUGCUCUUCAAGUGAAACAUGAGUGCUCUCAGGCGGAGCUCCUGGAAGUCCGAGCAAAGCUGAGUUCAAGAGAAACCUUAAUCCAUGAAAUGAGGCAGGAGAUGGAGAAUUACAAAGAGAAUAAUGCUAGGCAAGCCUCUGUGAUCAGUUCCCUCAGGUCACAGGUUCAAGAACUUGAACAGGAAUCAGGCACUGUGUCCUCAUCUAAAACUCGUACAGAAUUAGCCCUUCAAUCAACCUCCAAAGAGAAUAGUACUCUGAAGGAAAGGCUGCAGGAGCUUGAAAAUAAACUACGACUUUACAUGAAUGAAUGGGAUGACACUCAGCAAAAAGCUUCCAGUUGGGAGAGGAAGCACAAGGAGUUUCUCAGCCACCUUUCUGCCCGACUUAACCUUGAUUCUGGAGGAAAGGAGGAACAUAUUAUCUCCAAGUUGGAUGAGCUCUGUCAGGAAAAUGCCAGACAGAAGAGUAAGCUUACUAUCCUUGAGGAGAGUAUGGAAACCCAUGAGGUUGACUCCAAAGCCAGUAGAGAGACCAUCAUGAGACUAGUUGCAGAAGUGGCCAGAGAACAGAAAGCAUCAGCAUCUAGCAUGAAGGAAGUUGAGUCUCUUCGUCAGGAGUUAGAGAGCAUAGUCUUGGGUAAACGAAACCUUGAACGAGAAAACAGAGCCCUUUUGGAGAGAGCUGAAGCUAACCGGCGCGCAUGGGAAGUCUCCAAACAAGAGCUUGGGACCCUGGAAAAGCGCUCAAAGGAACUUGAUGGAAGCCUUCGCAGCAGCCAGUAUGAGAUGCGGUCCACUCAAAAUCUGUUACAUGGCUUCAGGGAGGAACUGGCAGAUUUACUGAGUGGUCAGAGUGGGAUGCUUCAACCCUCCGAAGAGGCCAUCAAAGAGCGCAUUGUGGAGAUGAGCCGCAAAGUGGAGAGCCAGAAAGAGGCAUUGUCUCAGGAGGAAGCCAAAGUGUCCCGGGUGACAGAGCAGCUUGAGCGGCAAACAGAGCUCCUUGAAGCAGCACUCCUGCGAGCCAAGCAGGCUGAACGUCAUCUUUCUGAGUUCCGAGGAAAACUCAAUAAACUAGAAGGGGAACUGAUCACGGGCGAUGUACUUCGGGACAGCAUGAGUGUCGAUAAGCAGAGUUAUCUUAGAUUUCUGGAUCAGCUCUCAGAGAAGAUGAAACUGGACAGACUAACAGCAGAUGUCGGAUUUGACAUGAGGUUGGACGCUAUACUCUCCCGGACUGACCAGCUAGUCAAGUUGGAGAAUAAUGCAGUGACAGACACUAAGACUUUGGCACAUAACCUGCAGAGAAAGGUUAAGACACAGAAAGAACAGCUGGAGAGCAAAGAGUUACACAUGGAAAUGCUGCGGAAGAAGAUUGCUCAAUUGGAGGAGGAAAAGAAGGCACGUUCAGCCCUGGCAGUAGAGCGUGAUGAAGCUAUCCUCAAUGUCCGAAAGCUGCAGAAGAAGGUGGAGAGGCUUCAGAAAGAACUUGGCUCCUCUCGGGUCUCCAACACAGACCUAAAAGCUAAGCUUUCAGAUACAAAUGAGCUUAAGAUCAAGACCUUGGAACAGAAUGAGAUGAUCGAAGAGCUUUCUAAGAGUCUGAAGAAACUGGAAAAGAUGAAACAUGGUGCAGAGAAGAGGCUGACUUCUCUGAAGUCAGAAAUGGAUUUCACAUCCCACAAGUCCCAAGAGGAGCGUGAGAGAACCCGAAACCUGCUGGAGGCGGUCACUAGUGAGCUGACAACUCUUAAAAAGAGCCUGGAGGAUGUGGUGAAACGGGAGAGGCAGCUAGUUGACUUCCGUGAGGUCGUCUCACAGAUGUUAGGACUGAAUGUCAGCACCCUAGCACUGCCUGACUACGAAAUAAUAAAACGCUUGGAGAAGCUGAUCCACAGUCACCACUCCCACGCUGGCAUUUGCCUUUGCCUUGAAAACUCCAGGGAGAGCUUUUGCCAAGACUUCCAUGGAGGGUGUGCUCCUGCCAGGCGAGCCAUUUCUGCCCAGCCAGCAGCCUUGACUAUUUCUCCAGCCCCUGUAAGAUUUAAACAUUCUUAAAUAUGGAAUUUCUCACUCUCUCACUAACAUAUUAUUCCUUAUAUUUCUCUUUGUAAAUUAAGUAUAAUAAAGUAAGGUAGCAUUUCCCAAGUAAAUUACUGCAAUACAAAAUACCUGUUGAAUAAUAAAACAAGAAUAAAACAAUUUAUAUUUUUUGGAUUUGUAAGAAAUGAUGUGCCAAAUUAUGUAUAUAUUUUAACUACACGAAACAUGCUAUUUUAAUGCUUUUACAUGCAGUAUCAUAGUGCUACUAAAUCAUACUGACAAUGAUGAUGAAUGUUUUAAUCUGUAACCUAAUUAUAUCCUGAUUUAAAUACAA